AUGGACUGGAGCAGAGAUCUCAAGCCCGCCGCUGGCGCUGACGGGGCCGAAAUCCUCAGGUACGAGCGGCAGCGUUCGUCUAUCGACGUCAAUGCCUUGUCGACCCAUCUCUUCGGCAAAGUGUAUCUGGAGCGCCUGGCCCGCGUGAGCGGCAUCUUGCAGAAGGACAAGAUCUUCUCCAAGGCCAAUCAGGCAAACCUCUCCCGGCCUGAUCGGUAUGUCCUGGGUCUUGCCAGAGGAAAGCGCAUGCGGCAGCUGAUGGACGAACAUGGCUGGGACAACGACGACCUGCUCAUGGCCGAGUAUCUGAUUGACGACAUCCUGCCGUAUCAUCUGCACAUGUCACUCUUCGCGGCUGCCAUGAAAGAGCAGUGUAGUGAGGAGCAGCGGCAGUAUUGGCAACCGAAGAUCGACUCAUGGGAGAUCAUAGGCGCGUAUGCGCAGACUGAGCUCGGUCAUGGCAGCAACGUUCGUGGAAUCGAGUGCGAGGCUAGGUGGGAUCCCGCUACCAAGGAGUUUGUGAUCCAUUCUCCGUCGCUCACGGCGAGUAAAUGGUGGAAUGGAACUCUUGGCCGGACAGCCACUCAUGCCGUGGUCGUGGCACAACUGAUGCUCCCGGUCGGGAAGGACGGUAGUGGUCAGACGAGGUAUGAAUCGAAAGGCCCUCGUCCGUUCAUCGUACAGGUCCGAGAUCCAAAGACGCACCUCCCGCCAGAAUCCAUCAUUGUCGGCGACAUCAAUGCCAAAUAUGGCUACGCUCCCAUGGACAAUGCCUACUGCCUCUUCCGCUUCCACAGGGUGCCUCACAGUGCCCUGCUGGCACGCUAUGCGAGUCUCAACCCGGAGACAGGAGUAUACACUCGGCCGAAGAAUCCCAAUUCGGUUUAUGGGCAAUUGACGAGAGGUCGCGCCUUCAUCGUCUUGAAUGCAAGAUUGGUGAUUGCGCGAGCUGUAACAGUGGCGGUGCGGUAUCUCUCGAUUCGACGGCAAUUCCGGGACCAAGACUCCCACGAUUCAUCUGCACCCGAAAUGCCUGUGCUCGACUAUUCGACGGUCCAGAUUCGAAUUCUGCCGCUGCUGGCAACCGCUUUUGCACUUCACUACAGCGGCAGCGCAAUGUGGAGUCUGUAUGAGCGCACGCGGGCGCAAAACAGUCUGGAAAGCGACAAUGCCCAGCUGGCGGAGCUGCAUACCACAUCCGCAGGGCUCAAAAGCCUGGCAACAGACCUGGCCGCCAAUAGCGUGGAGACAUGUCGGCGAGCGAUGGGUGGCCACGGUUUUGGCGGAGGGACUGGGCUCAUCCAGCUGAACAACGACUACUUGGCCAAGCCCACAGUGGAAGGGGACAACUGGAUGAUCACCCAACAAGUAUCUCGAUUCCUGAUCAAGAAGGUGGCGGAGCAGACAGCAAAUCCGGACAGAGUAGUGCAAAGUCCGACGGAGCAGAACCUGAAAUCCUACUUGUCCAACCGCGAUGGUCAGCCGCAUUUCGAUGUUCUCGGAGAUGAUGCAAGCAUCGUGGAGGCUUUUCGUUGGCGAACUUCGUGGCUUGCGUACAAAGCGUAUGAAGCUCGAGAGGUGCAGAAGAGACCAUGGAACAGCAUACUGAUAGCUCUGCAUAAGCUGAGCAGAGCGUACUCCCAAUCGAUACUUAUCGAGAACUUCUUUGAUGCAACGAGAAAGUCUGACCUCAGACGAGAGGAUGCUGAGGUUUUGAAAGCGUUGUUCAGGCUGUUUAGUUUCUACACCAUUGAUGCGGAAGCCCGAGAGUUCCAGACUUCGUCAGGGGUCAGACCUGAGGUAUUGGACACCUUGCCCGAUCGCAUCCUCAGCUUAAUGGAACAAAUACGGCCGCAUGCUGUUCGACUGGUUGAUUCAUUCGCUCUCCCCGACUUCCUCCUUGACAGUGCGAUGGGUCGAUACGAUGGCAGAGUGUACGAAGAUCUGUUUUACCGCGCCCACGUGAUCAACCCCUUGAACAAACUGACGGUGAACCCCGACUAUCGUAGCGAAGAAAUUGUUAAAGGUGGCUUGGGUGUGAAGCAGGUACUAGCCAAGCUAUAG